AUGGACGGCGCGGGCGGCACACGGGCGCGGGGCAGGCGGGGGUCGCGAACCGCGGCUCCGCGGGGCCGGGGCGCCCCGAGGAGCGCAGCCCGCAGCCCCUCGCGGGGCCGCGUCGCGGGCGAAAGCCCGAGCGGUGCCACGACCCGCCGGGCGCCGCGGACGGACGGACCCCCCGCCCGGGGCGGGCGCCCGGGGCGGCGAGCCCACGCUGCCUCGGCCCUGCCGGCGGGCGGCGUAGAGGCGCCCCCCGCCCCGCGGAGCAGGGCGCGGGCUACCAGAGUACCCGCGGCUCCGCGGAAGGUUGCGGUGGUGCCCGACGGAGCGGCUGCUGCCCCCGUGGCCGCUCCCCGAUCCCCGCCAGACACCCUGCGGCUCCACGAGGUGCUGUCGCGGCUUAGCCUGGGCCGCAGGGACGUCUCCGAGGCGUCGGCGCUGGUGAAUAUGGUGGUUCCGCACCUGGUCCAGACCAUCCAGAGCAGGGACGGCGCCUUCAGCUCCAUAGAGCAGUACAGCACCGGGAGCUACUACGAGCGCGUCAAGAUAUCUCAACCAAAUGAGUUUGACAUCAUGCUGGUAAUACCUGUUGAAAGGCUUCAGCUGGAUGAGUCUGAUGACACAGGAGCCUAUUAUUACCUAACAUUUAAAAGAAAUCCAAAAGAAAAGUAUUUGUUGAAGUUUUUAGAUGAAGAUGGAAAAUUAUCAGCCUUUAAAAUGCUUCAAGCACUUAGAGAAAUUAUUAAACAAGAAGUAAAAAACUUUAAAAAUGUGGAAGUAACUGUGACAAGGAAAAAGGCUGGAAGCCCUGCAAUAACUCUUCAGAUCAAAAAUCCUCCAUCAGAAAUAUCAGUGGACAUCAUCUUGACUCUGAAAGUCAAGCACAGCUGGCUGCCCAGCACACAGGACGGCCUCAAAAUUGAACAGUGGCUGGGAACAAAAGUCAGGAGAGAGUUCAAAUCGACAUCAGUUUAUUUAGUAGCCAAGCAAAACAAAAGAGAAAAGGUUCUAAGAGGAAACACAUGGCGACUCUCCUUCUCACAUAUUGAGAAGAAGAUGAUGACGAACCAUGGCCACUCAAAGACGUGUUGUGAAUCUGAUGGAACAAAGUGCUGUAGGAAAGGUUGUCUUAAGCUGCUGAAGUAUCUUCUAGAGCAACUUAAAAUGAAAUAUCCAAAAGAGCUGGAAAAAUUCUGCUCAUAUCAUGUCAAAACUGCUUUUUUCCACUCUUGUGUCAUGUGGCCAAAUGACACAGACUGGAUUUUGGGAGAUCUGGAUCACUGCUUUCAGAAAUGUCUGGGAUAUUUUGUGGAGUGCCUGCAAAAGUCUCAGCUGCCUCACUUUUUUAUUCCCCAAUACAACUUGCUCAGUCUGGAAGACAAAGCAAGCAAUCAUUUCCUUGCAAGACAGAUAAGCCAUCAACUGAACAACAGAUUCCCAAUAUUUCAGGAGAGCUAUUAAAAUCACUGUUUACAUUAGCUAUCUAAUAGUGUAGAUUUGCAUAUUUAAAACAAAAAGUUCUGUACCAUAAGUUACUCUUCAGUAGUCUGAAGGACAAGGCUCCCACGGGAGCCCAAACCCAGCUUUCAGCAAAAGAAAGCUCAGCUGACAAACAUCUCCUGAUUCAAGAAGUUUGGACCCUUGUCCUAAGACCUGUUAAAGUUCUACCUUAUGGAUUAAGCCUGGCUUCAGCAGAAAUCAGGAAGGACUCUUGAGAUGAUUGUAUCAGACCAUGUCUAAACCCCUUUAAUCUUUUUCCCCCUAUGUAAUUUUGAUUGAGGGAAAUAUUUAACCCAUUGGGCAACGGUAGUAAAAACUUGUGUAAUUCCCUAAUUAACAUAGCUCAUCCUCUUCAUUAACAUGUCUGGCCCCAGAUGCCUUUAAAAUAGUGUUCUCGUGUUCAAUAAAUGAUUCCAGUUCCCCCA